AUGGGUUGGUUGGCUGGAAGAAGGCCGAGCCAGGCCGCUCAUCGUACCGCGUGGUACCGAGCGACAUUCCGAUCCUUCGUCGGGGGUUUUCGCCAUAGACGGCGGCGUGUCAUUGGUGGCGGGCAGCUGAAGGCGGCGGGCGGCGAGGCUAGAAAAGACAAAAUCGACGCGAUUCGCAGAGCCCCGGCCCGGAGGCGCCGCGUCGUUGAUGGUGGUCACUUGGGAAGGAGCAGCGUACACAGCGGCACAGGACAGUGCACCGGCGCACGCACCCCAACACCCAGCGUGACGCUCACCUGGCGCAUCAGAGGAGGAAAUCUCACCCACUUCAAGGCUUUAUUAUUCCAAAAUCAUAAGCUCAAUUACCAGCAAGUUGCCUACUUCUACUGGUACCACCUACCUACCACAGUUGCCAUUUGCAUUUGCCAGAGAGCCAAGGGUCAAAGACAGAAGGCACAGGCGAGCCUGGCUCCACCGGGGGCUUUUGCUGGCGGAAACGACUCCACUGUAGCCCUCUCUUGGUAG